GAUAAGAGACUCCCCAGACGGUAUUCGCUGUCUCUUUCCGGCGCAGUAUGCUGGGAUGCUGAUGCUGAGGAACCUUGUUGAUCUGUAGCAUCACCAGAGCUCAAUGUUUGUCGACAUGCUGUGCUGUCAGAGGCUGCAGCAUUGCGUUGACCUCUGUCUGGGCCUUUUUUUGUUUUUAGCCGGGUUGCAGCAGGUGGAAGCGGCCGCCGCCGACACAGAGAUGGUCAACUUAAACUGGAAGCCAUUCAUCUACGGAGGAAUAGCCUCGAUUGUCGCAGAAUUCGGAACAUUUCCGGUGGACCUGGCUAAGACCCGGCUACAGGUCCAGGGUCAGUGCCAGUACUCAGAGGUGCGCUACAAGGGCAUGUUCCAUGCUUUUCUCAGGAUCAGCAAGGAGGAGGGAAUCCUGGCGCUCUACUCUGGGAUUUCCCCGGCUCUUCUGAGACAAGCUUCCUACGGUACAAUCAAAAUAGGAACGUACAACUCUCUAAAGAGGAUGUUUGUCACUCACCCAGAAGAUGAGACAUUGAUCAUCAACAUCUUCUGUGGGGUCGUAUCCGGGGUGAUGUCCUCCAUGCUGGCCAACCCCACUGAUGUCCUCAAGAUAAGAAUGCAAGCGCAGGGCAGCCUGCUGCAGGGCAGCAUGAUGUCCAACUUCAUCAACAUCUACCAGAAUGAGGGCACCAGAGGGCUGUGGAGGGGUGUUAUCCCCACUGCCCAGCGGGCGGCCAUUGUGGUUGGAGUGGAACUUCCUUUCUAUGACGUCACAAAGAAGCACCUCCUUCACUCUGGCCUUGUCGGAGAUACCAUCCUGACACAUUUCAUGUCCAGUUUUACUUGUGGCCUGGCCGGGGCCAUCGCCUCCAACCCUGUGGAUGUAAUUCGGACUCGCAUGAUGAACCAGCGGGUUGUGUCUGGAAGUCCCAUGUACAAAGGAACGCUGGAUGGAGUGAUGCAGACUUGGAGUAACGAGGGAUUCUUUGCUCUUUAUAAGGGAUUCUGGCCAAACUGGCUGCGACUGGGGCCUUGGAAUAUCAUUUUCUUCAUCACGUUCGAGCAGCUGAAGACACUCCCAUUUUAACGAGGGCCGCACGUGGGACUGCGCUGUUCUGCUGGACAUUCCCAGAGAUAAGUGGAGUUUGAACAGAGCAGCAGCCAGGAGUUCAUGUGCACCAGCAAGCCCCGACUCUCUGUAAAUAAGACAGAACCUCACACCGCACUUGUGUAAAUACUUUUUUAUCGUCACCGUUUUUGUUUCUGUGCCAUUUUAAUUCCACGCCGUCACGUUGGACACUCCUCAGGCAGCUAAGUGUGUGGAGAGCUGGCAAAGAAGGGAGAUUCAAUCAAAUAGGUCACUCGAGUCACAAACUAAUAAAAAAAAUAUAUAUAUAUAUUGUGAUCCUCAUCAUGCACUCAGGUUUUCUGCAGGUUUGUGUGUUUAUCUACUGAACUGACUGCUCCUUUAUUUGUCCAACAUCAUAAGAUGAGUCGAACACUGGGACGUCUGAUCUGACUGCACGUAGCUUCGCGUGGCGGCACAGGCAUAAUGAAAAGAUUCUUUUUAAAGCCACCAUUCUGUAUGCUUCACAGAAAAACUGAACAAAUGACAGGCUAACUGUUACAGCUUGGAGGUAAAACAGAUGUCCUGACUGAAAGGAAGUAAUAACAAACAUGAAAACAUCUGUUUUUAUGUGAAAAGAGUUAGAAAAUUCAUCUAUAGGAAGAUUUUGGAAAAUAAAAUAUGCUGUUAAAAUCCCAACUGAACCAAAGUCUCCAAAGAGAAAAGAAGUGACACCUUUGCAUUCUUAUUUAUAUUUAUACUUUAUUGUACAAAGCUGCUAAUUUUAAUGAAGUUUUUUUCUUAUUUUGCCUCAGAAUGAUGUAUUCCUUUGAAUUUGUUCACCUCUGUUCUGAGACAGCAAUAGGGAACUGGUUGAUCAUUUCUGUCCUGAUAGGGUAAAUAAUGUGUAAAUGUUUGAACAGUCUUAUUCACCUGUUAAAGGUGGAUGUACUUCCUGUAAAUCAGCUGUACAUUCAGUUUUUUACUUUGUCUCUAACUGUGAUUAUUUUAGGCGCUGUUACAUUUCUCUGCAGCUGCUCCAUUGCAAGACAUCCAAAUAAGACUCUGGGAGCUCUGCAUGCAUUAAGAAAACCAAAUUUAAUUUUAAACUAUCUUAUAUUUAAUGUGUUGCAUAGGUCUAAAGACACACCUAAAUAUUCACACUCCGCAUCACCAAACAUGUUUAGUCAAAUGUUAUUUUAUGUUUCUUUUAAAAGCUAAAGAUGUGGAUUUUACUUGAAUAUGAGUUAGAUUUAAAGCUGAGUGUUUUGUGUUUAGAAAUCUUCUUGGAUUUGUGGACAUGUUAACUUAUUUGCUUUUUGAUUUUUGAAAAUAUAAAAUGUCUUUCAGUUGUUUCUGUUCCGGCAGAGGCUGAUAACCCACAAAAAAAGUUUUUAAAAAGUUUCAAAACCACAAAAAUGUCUGCGCUGUUCAUAUUGUUUUAAUGGAAAUAAACACCUGAGUCACAUAUCCUCUGCAUUUAUGAAGGAAACAGUGACUGUUUUCUGGAUUCUGUCCUUUGAUAUACAUUUUUCUUUAAUCCUCUCUGUCAUUUAAUAAUUAAGAUCCCACUGCUACUAGUUUGGUUUGACUUUCCUAGAGAAACGUUUUCACGCUCUUUGUUGAGUCGACAGAAAAUUAAUCAUCCAGGAAAAUGACGUCAAUAUCAGCAGCUCAUUAUUUUAACUCUAAAUUUAUUACUUUUUUUUUUUAAAGAAAUCUAAAUUACAAAUCCAAAAGGAAAAUGUUCAAUUAUAUCUAAACAUAUUUAAGGCUUGUUUUAAAAAAUAAUUACUUUUUGAUAAAUUCAUGCCUUUUUGAUUGUUCUUUUUUUUGUCCUGAAAACCGAUUUGGAAUAAUUUUUUAUGUACCACUCAUAGUCCACUGUGAGGAAAUACAGUCAUGUGACUCUAGUAUAUAGGCUCUACCAGCAAAUGAACAUUUUAAUUUUCUUUGAUCAGACGUCAGCAGACAACUAGCAUUAAUGAGAAUCAGGACUAAAUUAAAUAGAAAUAGGGCAGAACUCUUCAAUUGUUCUUAAAAAAAAGAAAUAAAAAAAAUUUUAAACUGCUCGUCUCCACAAUCAAAAACUACUAAGAACAAACAAACUUGUUUGUGAUCAUUCAUAGUUAUAAUGUGGAAGUAGUAUUCUGUAUGUCAACUCCUGGGUACAAACUGGAGAAAAAAUAAGUCAAGUGAUUGGAAUUAAGAUUUCUAGAUUUUUCUCUAAUCUAAAUAUUGAUAGAGAUUGAUAAUAUUUCAGGAUCAAAGUUCAAAUCACAUUAAAAAGAAAAAAACAAAAAUAAUAAAAUGAGAGAAAAGAAAGUACAUAAAAAAGGUCCCUAACUUAUCAGGAGGCAGUCAUCAAUGUCUCCAAAGUACAGCUGUGUAACUUACUGCAUUAUGAUAUGCAAUACGAUCUAUUUUCAAAAAUUUCAAACCCCUUCAAUACAGUCUCAUAAGAAUAUUUCUAAUAGGACUUUGGUCAAUUUCAAAGAUCCUACAGCAUCUGUUUCAGUUUAAAAGUUUACAGAAAAAAUUCUGCUGUGAGCUUGUAGGUUUUUGUUGACGUAAGCUAAAGUUUGAAACAUGUUUUUCCCUCAUGUUCUUCUGAAAGUUCUCCAAUUUCAACACAUUGUAUCCCUUUCUUAAUCAGUUAAUGCCUUUAAUCAUCACUCUUAUCAUCAGCUUGAAAAGUUGCUGAAUGUUUGCUGCUGUGGCAAUGCAUUGAUUGAAGGAGGAGUGUUGUGAUUGGUUGUUUGGUUGCAAGAAAACUGAAAAUGAAGAGAACUUUUUUUAACAGUUCAGAUUACGAGAAAUGUUGGGUUCAACUUUGGCAACAUUUUGAUUUACACAAAAACAAAGAAUCACAUAAAGUCACUUUGUUCUGUGCUUAAAACAAACAAGCCAGAUGUUAAAAAGGUUCUCAUCACCAAGUUUUAGAACUCAUUGGGAAGGUUUUUUUGUUUCUGAUUGGAGUUCGGGCCAAAAACUUGUUUUUGUCAACAUUUAGCAAUUAGUCCAAAUCUGUAUAUUCCGAAAAGCAUUAAGAAAAUCAUUCAUUAUGUCUUUUGGAAUGGGAAAACGGAUUCAUCUCAUUAAAGUAAUCGGUUCUUCCAUCACUGCAUGUAGCUGUUAGCUCAUUUGCACAAUGUUGAGAAUGUCAAUGAAAACUAUUUUGAUGUCUGACUGAAAAGGAGUUGGUUCUCUGUCAUAAUUAUCUUUAUGAAAAUAUUUUACUGGGGAAAAAAGUUGAAUUAUCUUUCAAUAACUGUUUUUGGUCAAAUUUAAUGUUGUUUGAAGAGACUGUUCCUUUAACAUGCACAAAACAGCUGUGAAACAAACAAGUCUAAAUCUUCUGAAAGUUUGUUUCUAAAAUCACCAUUCAGAAUUUGAUCUUGAGUAUAUUUUUGUCUUUUUAUUUGGACACCAAGACAUCAUUUACAUUGUGUUGGCCAUGGUAACACAUUUAUCUGUUCAGCUAUUAUUAGUCUUUAUUCAAAUUUUCCAAUAAGCAAGAAAAAAUGGAUCAUUCUUUGUGUAAAGUUCUAAUUAAUAGGGGGGUUUGGGUGUUAUUCCAUAUUUUUAAAAGCUGGCGUGGUCUUGAUGUUCAGUCUGUGGCAUGCUUUUUGGUACCAUCAAAAGUUGGAUAUUCCAGCAGCUGAACUUGUGCAAUAACAAUUGUUUACAUUCAGAUGCUGUAUUUGAUACAAAAUGGAAAAGUCCCAUUCUUUGGCAAUAUUCUGCAUGGGGAAUGAUGUUGUGAUUUUACGGUCAGUAGUUGAACACUUCUCUGAUUGAACAAACUUGCACUAAUCAGAAAAUACUCUGUGAAGUUUUAAUUCUAAUGGACGGGCUUUAUCACAUCUCAGUGAAGGAUGGAUAUUUUCUCUAAAUAUCUAGCUGCUGUGUCGAAGUGUUAUCCUUGCAUUUAAACUUGACCACUAGAGGUCCUCCAAGGCUCUCUUGUCCUGAAUUUAUCUUGAUGAAAGAUUUGGCUGUUUCAAGAUCCUGAAAAAGUUAAAAAGUUAAACUUUAUAUAUUAUUUGGAGGAAGUUGCAGCUUUUCAUCAGUCUUGAAUGUUUCUGUUUAUUAUGCACUGGAAUAUUUUUCUCUCUGUAAAUACUUGAAAUUUGCUAUCUGCUGUGUGAAGCCUAAUAAGGGCCUAUUGUGUGGGGAUAGCUGCAUACAUGCUUUGUUUUUGUUCUUAAUAAACUGGUUAAGUAGCUGUGAAUUCACUUUUUUAUGGAAAUUUGUGGAGCAUAUAUUUUUUGUUAAAGUUCGAUUUUGGCAGAUUUGGGGGAAUAUUUUUCAAAUAUAAAUGUCCAAUUUCUCUUCUGACUUGUGUCUCCUUUCCUAUGGGAUAUUUUUUUAUGUUAAUAUUAUUACAUUGAGCUAUUUGCAAAUACAUAUACUUAUUUGUUAUUGCAUUUAAGGACAUUUCAUAUUUGCAAUGAGUUAAAAAUUUGCAAAUCAAUAAAUCAAUCUGAAAGGA